AUGUCAGCACAAGACUACUACGGCGGCUCCCGCCAAAACAGCCACACCCCAGGCUCCUCCUCCAAACGCCACUCCAAACAAACCCACCUCUCCGCGCCCCUCGUCGACUCCGCCGGCUACUACCCCGAACUCGACCGCCCCAUCGGCGAACGGCCCCGCUCCGCCAUGGCCAACCGCUCACAAUACGGAAACGGCUACUACGGCGGCGGGAGCAAAACCCACAGCCGCAGCCGCAGCACCGGCGGCGGUCCUCCCGGCUCCGACGCCGAGCUCGGCACCGGCAAGGACGGCGAGAGGGGCCUCCUCUCCACCCUCGGAGGCGGCGCCGCCGGCGGCUACGCGGGAAAGAAGCUCCUCGGCGGCAAGCUGGGCGCCGUCGCGGGCGCGCUGGGCGGCUCCGUCGUCGCGAACAAGAUCGAGCACAAGUUCUCGGGGAGCCAUCACAACAGCAGCAGUGGUGGGCAUCAUGGAGGGCAUCACUACGGCCCGCCGCCUCCUUACCCCGGCGGUCAUCAUCACCACCACCACGGCCACCACGGCCCGCCGCCCCCUCCUCCCCCUCCGCACCACUACGGUCCCCCGCAUCACGGUCCGCCGCAUCAUGGCAGUCUCCACGGCGGUCACCAAAGCUCCGGUGGCUUCGGCGGGCUUGUUGGUUCGUUGAUGGGUCGUGAGAAGCACCACGGCCAUCACGAGCACCACGGACAUCAUGGUCACCACGGCCACCACGGCGGAGGACCCCGCUGGUAA